CCACCCUGUGAGCACAGAGCCCAGACUCAGGCUUAACUCACAAACCGUGAGAUCAUGAUCUGAGCCGAAGUUGGAUACUUAACCGACUGAGCCACCCAGGCGCCCCAUCUGUGGUUUUGAUUGUAGGCAUUCUAGUGGCUGUGAACUGGGAUCUGGUGGUUUUGAUUUGCAUUUGCCUAAUGGCUAGUGAUGUUGAACAUCGUUUCAUGUGCUUAUUGGCCAUUUGUAUGUUUUCUUUUUUUUUUCAGCGAGGUAUCUGUUCAUAUCCUUUGCCCAUAGGUUUAUUUUUAAUUGUGUUUUAAAAAUAUAUCGAUUUUAGUUGUGAUGAAAUGGAUAGAACAUAAAACUUGCCGUUGUAACCAUUGUUGAUUUAUUUUUAAACCUAGGGAAACUUUUCAGAAAAACUAGACGCUGUUAAACCUGGCCUAGUGGUCGGGCUUUCCCUCUGACCCACAGAAUGGUGGGGGCUGAGUCACCUCCUGAGCCUCAGUUAGAAAAAUAUCAACCAAGGUAGCUGUUGACGUUCCAGCAGUCUCUACUUCCUCUUUACCACGUCCUUCCUGCUAAAAGCCCACUAAUGCAGGUAUUCCAAACACUAUUACCUAAAUCUUACCAUUUAUUCCAUGUCCUACAAUGAACAUAGGAAUCUUAUGAAGGGAAUAAUUGUCAUCGUUUUACAGAUGAGCAAGCCGAAGCACAGAGUGGUCAAGUAACUUGCCCAGCGUCACACAGGCUAGGACUCCUGCACUGUUUCUGUCAGGUGUGGUUGGUUUCGCCUUCACUGACCCCUGUGGUCAGGCCUGUGCGAGGCGCUCUAAGUACCCAGAUGGGGAUGAGCAAGCAGGGGCACGCGGGAACACAGAAUAUGAUAAAAGCACUGACACCCCACCCCGCUGAAGGCUGUUCACCAGCGUGUGCGCACAACACGUGAUCAACAUUGGAAUGGCUUCCAGAAGAAGAACCGGCCAUCCCACGUGCAAUAUUUUUGGUGAUUUUAGUGAUCUUUCCUUAAAGGGUUCAAAAAUGGAAGAAAUCAGAAACUUGAAAAUCGGUAGAAGUCUUACCCAAAUAGCACCCGGCCGCAGCAGAUUUCUCAAAGGACACCAAACUAUGGGUGUAAAAUACUCACUCCCGAAAGAGAAUGCCGUUGUGGAGGGUGGGCUCAGACUGUCUUCGGGGAGACCCCCGAUCACUGCCUCGAAGCUCAGGGCCAGCGCUGCGCUCACAAAACUGGCUCAGCUGGAAACCAAGAUCAUGAAUCGGAAAGCUCAGGCGGAUUUGUCUGAUGUGGAAUCUGACCUGAAGACCCCUGAGGACAGUCUUCCGAGGAGCGCAGAUACAGCCCUUCCCAGGAGCACAGUCGGACUUUCCUCACACGGCCCAGAUAAAACCCAGAAACAAGCCCAUGAAACUCCCACGUCCGGGAGCGGCACACAGAGUGGGAAGGUCAGUAGGUUUCUAAAGAAGAGGGAACCACGCGUUGAAAAUGGAUUCCCUGAAACACAUUGUGGAAAAGAGAGGAGUUUUCAAACACCCAAAGAGAAAAAACCCACUAGAAAACUAGAUUCUCCAGACAGCGAUGAGGAGGAAAUGAAAGAGUUGCUAGGAGGCUUGAUAGAAUCUUCUAAAGAAAAAGAAACAUACACGAAUCGGCGUUUCAUCAGCUCCAAAGUCAGUGAGAAAGAACAAACAAAAGUAUUCUCGGAUCAGAUCCCAACUCAACCAAGAAUCCUUUCACUACCCAGUGAGGAACCUCCCGGCCCAAAGCCAUUUCGGACAUCACGUCUGCCAGCCUCACAGUCAGCAGACGGGACCCUUCGCGGCACGCGCUCAAAAGCUCGCUCCCCACAGACUCACGCUUCAGGGGACACAGCCGCCUGCACAGCAUCACUGUCCAUCACUGGCACCUUUUCAAAAUCAGCCUCCAUGACGCCACAUGGCAAGCUCUCCCCCGGAAGGAGUGAGCCUGAGCCUCACGAUCAGUCGCCCUCAGAAGCUACCGAUGACAGCCUGAAUGAUUUUCGAAUCAAUCUUUUAUCCCUCGAUGAUCUGGCUCCAGCUGUCAGUGAGAACUCAGACUUGGAACGGAAAAAAGAAGGGCAGCGGGAAAAGGCAUCCAGCCAAAGUCCCCAGGCAGGGGGCCCUCCCACUGGAAGCGAGAUCUCAGAGUGCCUGAGCGAGCCAUCGGCUUCCUCUGCCGGGCCUGAGGAUGCUUCCAGCCCGAGGCCAACGUCUCAGGAGCCCACGGCCAGCACAGUGAGCUCGGCUUACUCAGAAGAUUUUGAAAAAUCCCCAAAUUCGACAGCAUCCGAGUCAAGGGCCCGUUCCGAGUCUCCUGAAAGGACGCUGGACACUCUGUCAGAAUUCUCUGCAAGCCUGAAGACAGACCUUCCCCUGCCAACGCUCAAACCUUGGAAAAAGCAAGUCAGGGACGUUACAAAAGUCAUCAUGAAGGAGACGGCUGUGCAGACCCUCGAGCCCGCCUUCACCUACCAGUGGGUGGAGGGGGGGCUUAGCCGUGUCUCAGCCUGGGCUGCACGCUGGGGGCCCGGUGUGGCGGCCGUCGGACCGGCUCUGGGAGGUGCCUACGUGGACCCCGUGCCCAUUGCCAGCCACGUCGUCAGCGCGGACUCCAUAGAAGCCCUGACAGCUUACAGCCCGGCCGCGUUGGCGCUCAACGACAUGCUGAAGCAGCAGCUGAGCCUGACGCAGCAGUUCGUGGAGGCCAGCCGGCACCUGCACAUGUCCCUCCUGCAGUCCCUGGACCGAGACUCCUUCCACUACCACACCCUGGAGGAAACCAAACAGUACAUCAGGCACCACAGGCCUGCCCCGCUGUCCAUGGAGGAUGCCCUGGAGGAGGUGGAGGAGGAGCUCUGGGGACCGGAGGUACAGCAAAUGGCUGACGUUUGGGGAAAAAAUUUCAACGCAAACAACUAAAAUAAAUGAACUAAGGGCCAGCAUGUCUCAGAGGAAUCGGGUUUCAAAUUCUCACUGGGAUCCUCUUAGAGCAACAUUCCCU